UCCUAAAAAUACGGCUCGGCCACUUCUGGGGCUUUUGCAUUUAGCCACUUUUGUUGCACUUGCCGCGGGAGCCAUCUCGGGAGCGUACUUGUUUGCAGGGGUUGGUUCUCGGCAGCAGCCGCGAGGUUAUUUGGUCCAGUGGGCAGGUCACAGGGCAAAGGAUUAGGGAAGAUGCGAUGCAUUUUUUUUGGAGGGUGAUCUGUGUUUGUAAACACUUUGACGGACCAGAGGGAAGUCUGGCCCCAAAUGCUGGUGGACUGUGGAAUUCGGCUAUGUCCUGAGGCUACCCCAGAGACCCCACGCCGUGUCCGUCCCGGAGCGCGUCUCGGUGGCCGCUGCGCCUUGCGACUGGAGGGAUGCUAACGUGGAGCGAGCGCCGUGUCCGCCCCGGCGUGCGUGCGUGUGUGGGAGCGCGCGUGUGUUUCCCUGACACGGGGAACAGUUAUGAAUCGGGGGUGUGUGUUUGCCUUCAGAGACCUGGCAAGGUGCGGAAUCCUCCAGAAGUGCGAUCGAGCGGCGGCAGCAGCGGCGGCAGCGGAGACGGCGAGCCAUGAACCUCCCCUCGCGUCCCCAACUUCUCAGUGAUGCGGCGGAACCCCCGGAGAAAGUUUGCAAACUUCCAGCGGGCGUGGCGAGGACGCCGGGUCACCUAGGGGGCGGACAGGCGAGAGCGUGGGGGGCUCGGUCCCUCCCGGGUGCCGGAACCUGCUGCUGCCACCUCUCCCGCAGGGCUGCCCGCCGCAGGUGGUGGGCGCGCGCGCCGGGGGGGGGGGACGGUCGCCCUUGGAGGGCACUUGGCUUUCACUCCCGGCACAGAAGGCUCGAGAGUGUCGAGGCUCUGCUCGCCUUCACUCUUCCAGCCUCCUCUUGCCUCCGUCCGGUUCUCGCUGGCAUCAUUACCUCUUCGCCGCUACCCCAAAUGACAGCUCGCGCUUUUGCCGCGGCGGCGCGGUGGCAGUUCCCAGGACCCGGCGGUGGAGCCUUCCUCUCCGGCAGAUUCUCCACGGAAUCGCUUAAAACUUUUCACGACGUUCUUAGAGGGGCAAGACGCACUAAGGAACCAAGGGGAUGUUUUCUCCCCGGGGCUGCAUCCCGCUUUUCCUUUGCCAUAGAUUUAUUUCGGGAGAGUGGGGUAUCUGGUAGAUAAAGCCUCGGAUCUUGUCCACUCCCUCCCCAACUUUCCCUGAACGGUUGCCGCCCCCACUUGAGGCUUGUUCAAGGCCAGGAACUAAGUGGAGUGGUUGUAUAUUUUGUUGUAGAAUCCGCAGUGUUUGAUUUUUAUUUUUCCCUCCUUCUCUGACAUGUGUCAAGGAAUAAAGGCAGGAUACAGGUCCAUUACGUCAUUCUGCAGGCCAGUAAGUGAUUAACAGCUUCAUAUACUCAAGGGUUGGGGGCUUAGAAAUGCUGACAAAGCAACUAUGCUUUCCAUCCCCAGCCCCCAACAUACUCGUACAAUCGCUGGUUCCAUGGGCAUCUUUAUUGCCCUCUCCUCCUGGUCCCCUCCUUCUCCACCCCCUCUCCCUCCUGCACCGUUAUCACGCUGGCCCCGCCUCCGCCUUUUACUGCUUUCCCUGGGGGAGAUCACAGUCCCUGGAGUGUGUGUAAGAGCUUCUGGUGGCUGAGGGGGGGCACAGUACCUAUCAGCGCACACGCAAUCUACCCUUUUCUAUUAUUUAAGAAAGGCACCGGCCAGCCCUCUUCUCCAGGGUAAAAAUGCUCAGCCCUAAUAGAAAAGGCAUCCGAAGAAAUGUUUAGAGACGUUAUGAUAAUACUGUGUCCCUGUGGUGACUCAGGAAAACAACACACCCACUAUAGAGUACUUAAUUUUACAUAGCGCCUUCCUCUGACCGGUUAGCCGAAGAGAGAUGAAGUGAGAUGCUGACUAAAUGAAUUCUAGCUAAACGGCUCAAGAUUAAACGUUUCAUUUCCAGAGUGAGGGAAUGUGAGUCGUUGAACCCAAAGUACCAAGCAAUAAAUUGGUGCAUGUGUUAUUUUCUUUCUUAGCCUUAAGUUUCUGUAUUUAAAGGGGAAGUUAAAUACAUAAGUCACUGAAUUGAGUCAGAAUCUCCGUAUCUGGCAGUUGAAAUAAAAAUACUGCGUGUGACAUGUUUAAGGGGUAAAAGUAAGAAGAACUCUGGCGGGGACAGGGUGGGGGGACAGGACGGGGUGAGGGGUAUGAGCGAUGUGCAGCAGGAAUCAAAGAUUUCCUAACAGCUUUUGGAGGGUGGGGGGCAGAGGAGUUGAGUGCUCUCCGAUUUGGAGUUGGUGAAAGCGAAAUAAAGGAAAAUUUAUAUCUCGAGUAUGUGGGAAUUUCUUGAAGAACACAUGUUUUGUUAUAAUCAGAUCUACUUUCUUCAAAGUGAAAGCCCUGCUGUAGAGUAGGCAUUUGUGAAACUCCUGUCUGGGUCUAAUUGACACCCUUCCCCAAGUCUGUGGCAGAAUUUAUUAUUUAUUCAUGUCUAGAGAUGUAAUAGUAUAACCCCCACACAAUACAUGUACAUCUAAAAUGUUAAACUUCUUGUUUGUGAUUCAUACAUAGACCUAAAGGGGAAAAUGGCCCAGGUCACCAGCACUGGAGAGUGUGAUUAAUGAUCAGUGAUUUAGUGAUCAGUGAUUAGUGGUUUUAUUCAAACUGUUACCUCUGACCAGAAGCACACAUCAGAGGAUUAACAGGCUCUUUAGAUAAAUGCUCAUUAGUGGAAGGGGAAAAGCAAAGAUAAUAGGCAUGCACCCAGGGACAACUUUCGAAGAAAAUCAUUCCCCGUCUUCAGAAUAAUAAGCUCUAUUAACAGAAAGCCCUUUUAAUUUAAAACUUGCUUUUAUCUUGUAAAUCAAAGUUAGAUGUAAAAGUUUGUAGUGCCAUUAUAACCUAAAUUUUCCCAUAUCCACUAGAUGUGGAUUAUCUCAGUAGCGAUAUUUUUUUUAUUUAAAUAAACAAUUGGACCUUUAGAGCAGCUGAACCCUGACAAGUCCUUAACUCCCAGGGUUUGAAGGUGUCCCCCCUUCUAGAAUGGAGAGUGCAGCUUGCUAACUAGAUGGCGCACUGUUAUUUGGUGUUCUGUGCUGUGUCGUGCAGGAGUCUAAAGGAGCAAGUAGCUGCUUGCGAGGUGCUCUUCAACAUUUACAACAAAGUUGAUUUUGUGUAGGGUUGGAGGCUAGACAGUUCUACAAGUUUUUAGUCAUAUUUUCCAUGUCAGUUACAUCUAGGGAGUUCAAGGCUACUGGAAAAAUUAGUCUCAUUACUAAAAGAAACUUAGAACCAGGGAGGAGAGGAGGUACGGGAGUCCAGGAGGUACCUCUGGGUUGCAGAAGUGAUUGUGAAAUACCAGACCUGUUUUUUGGUUUUUUUGGGUUUUUUUUUUGUGCUAAGAGUUAGUUUCACAGUCUUUGGUCUGAAGUACUGAGGCAAAUACUCAAAGCUUUAUUUUCUUCCUAAUCUUGCUGUUGAAAAAGAAGUUACUAGAAAGAAAGGAAGAAAAAACUUGAUUCGGUGACUGCAGGAAGAAACACGUUGCUGAUUUUAUUCUACAGAUAAUGAUUUAUGAGGAAUCCAAGAUGAAUUUGGAGCAGGAGAGGCCGUUUGUCUGCAGUGCCCCAGGCUGCUCCCAGCGCUUCCCAACAGAGGACCAUCUGAUGAUUCAUAGGCACAAGCAUGAAAUGACUUUGAAGUUUCCCUCAAUAAAAACAGAUAAUAUGUUAUCAGAUCAGACUCCGACCCCAACAAGAUUCCUGAAGAACUGCGAGGAAGUGGGGCUCUUCAAUGAGCUGGACUGCUCCCUCGAGCAUGAGUUCAGGAAGGCUCAGGAGGAGGAGAGCAGCAAGCGGAAUAUCUCGAUGCAUAACACUGUUGGUGGGGCCAUGGCGGGGCCUGGAGCUCACCAGCUUGGCAGCACCCGGAUGCCCAACCACGACACCAGCGUUGUGAUUCAGCAAGCCAUGCCGUCACCCCAGUCCAGCUCUGUCAUCACGCAGGCACCUUCCACCAACCGCCAGAUCGGGCCUGUCCCAGGCUCUCUAUCUUCUCUGCUACAUCUUCACAACAGACAGAGACAGCCCAUGCCAGCCUCCAUGCCCGGGACCCUACCCAACCCUACAAUGCCGGGAUCCUCUGCUGUCUUGAUGCCAAGGUUGAAGGCUGCGCUGACUCACCACCCUGCUGCCAUGUCAAAUGGGAAUAUGAACACCAUGGGACACAUGAUGGAAAUGAUGGGCUCCCGGCAAGACCAGACGCCACAUCAUCACAUGCACUCACACCCACAUCAGCACCAGACACUGCCAGCCCAUCACCCCUACCCACACCAGCACCAGCACCCAGCACACCAUCCUCAUCCUCAACCCCAUCACCAGCAGAACCACCCACAUCAUCACUCCCACUCCCACCUUCAUGCACACCCAGCACAUCACCAGACCUCGCCACACCCACCCCUGCACUCCGGCAACCAAGCACAGGUUUCACCAGCGACACAACAGAUGCAGCCAACCCAGACAAUACAGCCGCCCCAGCCCACAGGGGGGCGCCGGCGCAGGGUGGUGGACGAGGAUCCCGACGAGAGGCGGCGGAAAUUUCUGGAACGGAACCGGGCGGCCGCCACCCGCUGCAGACAGAAGAGGAAGGUCUGGGUGAUGUCACUGGAAAAGAAAGCAGAAGAACUCACCCAGACAAACAUGCAACUUCAGAAUGAAGUGUCCAUGUUGAAAAACGAGGUGGCACAGCUGAAACAGUUGUUGUUAACGCAUAAAGAUUGCCCCAUAACAGCCAUGCAGAAAGAAUCGCAAGGAUAUCUAAGUCCAGAGAGCAGCCCUCCCGCCAGUCCCGUCCCCACGUGCUCUCAGCAGCAAGUCAUCCAGCAUAACACCAUCACCACUUCCUCGGCGGUCAGCGAAGUGGUGGGAAGCUCCACCCUCAGUCAGCUCACCACUCACAGAACAGACCUGAAUCCCAUUCUCUAAAGCCUGCCGGUCAGACCUUGCCUCCAAGAAGAGCUGUCGCAUAUCCUGCGUCCUUUCGUUUAAGGGCAUUUUUAGAACUAACUCAGACCUGAAAGACUCCUCAGCCCUUCACAGACUGGCUUUCAUUUUUAUAGUUAUUAUGGAAAUGUUGUCUUUUAUACUUAGUUAUAUAAGAAAAAAAAGGGAGUUAUGCAAUUAAUAAUCUAUCAGCUUGGGAAAUGCUUUGGUGCUUUUCUCCGAUUUUCUGGUACCAGUUACUUGUUUAUAAACUGAACUCUUUCUGUAUAUAGUCAUGGUUUCAUUCUUAUUAGUCCAACCCUUUGCCUGAAACGUUGAAUCCUGUUAAACCGCAGCUUUUAGCCAAAAUGAGGCGUACCUAGAUGUCCAAUAAACAGAUUGCAGGGGAACUGGGGGAGAAGUCUGAUGAUGCCAUAACUCAUGUUGAGUUUGUGCUGUGAUGUCACCAGAAUCCCAGAUAAACACAGAACCUUUUCCACAACUGUGCUUCUCUUACUAUAAAAACGUACAAGAUCCAUUGAUGUCCAAAUAAAACCACCAAGCAUCUCAUCACCUCUCCUCCUCCUCUUGGUCCACUUCCUCAAAUGCCCAAUUUUCCUUUCCAUUUCCACUUUUACCUGGGCUCCCUGUUUACUCUUUAUUUUUACUUUCUUCUGUUUUAUUUUUCCCCCUUUAGCAUUGCAUGUAAAGAAGAAAAUAAUGUUUAAAGGGAAAAAAAAAAAGCUAAUGUGGACCUAGCCAUGGCUUCCCCUGCCCGUGACCUACAGCUGGAGUUCAUUCGACUCCUACUUUUUGCAAAAUAGUAACCAGGAGAUGUUUAAUGGGCCUGAUUUAAUGUUUUUAAUAAUCAGGGCAAAUAAAAGGUGGCUUAGCCAUAGGUGAAGCACUGUUGAAUACCAGCUGUGGAGACACUAGGGAAGGGAGCUUUGUAAGCCUCAAUUGUGAAAGUCAAAAUUAUAAUGCGGGGCUAUAACAUCGCACCCUCGAAUUACAACUGGUUUUAUAUGGCCUGUCUAUAAUGUUGAAAAUCCAUGUACUAUAUAAUAAUUCAGAAGGGCUCUAUUCACUACACAGAUUACAUUGUUCAGUGUCAGCUGCUAAUAGCCUAAGAUUUAUUAUUAUUUUUUUUCUUAAGCCUAUGGAACCGGCUUUGCUGUUCUGGUGGGUGAAAGUAGACGAACUACUGGAGGAACAAAGAGAGAAAGAAAACCUAAUGUUUCCAUAGGGGUGCUUUCAGCCCUCCCACAACAGGUAAAGCGCUCUUUGGCUGCUGAAAGAAUCCCAUGGUAGGGCUACUCCAGUCUUCUGAAUAAUUCUGAUUUAUAUUUUCAGCAACUUUCGUGGGCAGCUUUGCCCAUUAUAAAAAGCAGAUAGUCCCCAACCACAGUUGUGCCUCCUUGAAACAAGCCAUUCUACUGUGCUAAGGUUUUAAAAUCGCAUCUCGCAAGUAACAGGGGCUAAUGUUUUUCUGUAGCAGUCUAGGCAGGUGCUGGUGUUUCAUCUCCAUUUGAAUGCUUGACCUCUGAACAUGAGAGUGUGUGUGUGUGUGUGUGUGUGUGUGUGAAAGAGAGGGAUUAUGAGAUUUAAAAGAAUAGUAUUUUACAAAUGGUGUAGCUUUUAUAAGAGUUCAGAAAAGGGAAGGAUGUGUUUUUUUUCUCUCACUAUAGUGUAAUAAUCUAUUUUGGAGAAGAAAAAGAAAAUAUAAGUGUCCUGAAGCAUGGUUUUUAUAACUAGUUUCAGUUUUACCCAAUAACUUACUUUUUAAAUCAGUAUUUAUCAACAAUCUUUUCAUGUAUGCAGUGCUUUCAAAAGAAAGUUUUGAGUUUCUCAAAACUUGGAUAUAUGGUCUAAAAAAAUCAAAACAAAAGCAAAAGCAAAAAAAAAAGAGAAAAGAGAAAAAAGAAAAAAUGCAAAUGAAAAGGAUUUUCUAUUAUAUUUUAGACAAACAUAUCAUUUUAAGUAUUUUAAAUACUGAAUUCAUAGUUGUUUUGUUUUGUUUUGAAUCCCAGCAGUAAUCGCUGAAUGGUUUAACCUAGCUGGUUUUCUAAGAAGUUUAAGAUUUAGCUAAAAAAGCAGUUAAUAUUCUUGUCUCUAUUUUGAAAUCAAAAAUAAUUUUUUCAAAACUCCUUCCUAGGACCAUUUAUGUGUCCCCCUAAAAAGGAGAAAGAGCUCAUUGAAAUACUUGUUUGGGUUUUUUAAAUUUUUACUUUUUUUCUUUAAGUGAAAAAUACUUUCUUUACUGCAUGCAUAGCACUUAAUGAAAUGGAUUUUUAAAAAAUCCACUGGUGAUAUCAGAAUGUCCAAGGAGUGGGCUGUCACUAAAAUGAUGGUUUACUUUACUUCUGCUCCACCUCUUGAUUGAAAUAUUUAGUUGUUAAACCGAAAGCCUCUGCAGUUAAGAACUUGCCUGAGUUUUCUUAAUUCAGCAACCUGACAGUUUGACUGACGUGCAUUAUGUAUAGUUCAAUUAUGUCUGUUUUUUUAUGCUAAGCAGGCAAACCAACCACACACACAUGUUGGCAAACGGGCCUCAACGUAUAAUUAGAAUAAACUGUCUUCUUGUUAUACUCGGGGCUUUAGGUAUGUUCAUUAGCAGUGUGGAAAUACAAUAAAUGGAAGAUGCCAGCGAGUUGUCAGAGCGUCUUGAAAUCUUGGACAGAAAGGCUCAUUGAUCAAAUCCAGCGCUCAGCUUAUCAAUAUGAAUUAUUUCACUCGAAGGCCUAACUGUCACCCUACCAUAGAAUAAGCCGUCUGGCUGAAAUUCCCUCCUUCUUGUCCCACACUUUUUUGCCAGUCCGGGGAAACAUCGCUUUCUGUCCCGUUCUCCUCUCCCGCUCAGUCGCUGGGUCAUCCAUCCAACUGUCCCCAGUCAAUGGCAGUGACCGUCAGGGCCCCCGCCCAGAGGAGGGAAGGGCCGGCGGCGCUGCCUCGCCCACGCCCACGGGGGCCUUUGGGGCACGAUCUGCCUCUGCAGUCACUGCCAGCCCGCCCGGCGACGGCCCCACCCCCGCCUCCCGUGAGCGGAGUCAGCAGCCCAGAUGGGCACACCUGAUGGCGCUUCCACCAGGGGAGUCCUCACCUAAACUGAGGCGUUCACAUCUUCAUUGUUUCUCCUGAAGAUACUUCUCAGCGUAUGCCGGGACAGGUAGAGUGAAGAUCCUGCCCGCGGAUGAAUGCGCCCGCGCGCCCGGCGAGAGGCCAGAGGCUCUCCCUUUACACCGCCCCCCUCCCCGUCAGCGUGUGCUAGGCGGCCUUCUCACGGCCUGUGGGGACGAGCAAUCCGUUUGCAGUCACUGCGUGCAUGCUUAUGAUUAGGGGACUGGCUCGGAGUAGUUGCUCUUUGGAGCCUAUUCGUUCAAUGAAGUCAAACUCAGUGCUUGUUCUGAAUCGAGGGGCAUCCGUGGCGAAUGUUCAGGUGGUUGUGGCCGGUUGGCCAAGUAAAUUUUAGUGUGUUAGUUGAGUUUGUCAUUCAGAUCUUCAGCCAGCUGCGAUAAAAGACCAGCCUUUUUCUGGAGGAGGUUUUAAGCAUCUGUAACUGCUAGAAAACUAGCCAUCCAGUUAGGAUAGAAUGUGCUUCUUUCUGGUUAAUAAAAACCAUCUAAAAUAUAUAUAUAUGUAUGUAUGUGUGUAUACAGUGGAAUUCAAGGACCAAAGCAAAAUCUGAACAGGAAUCUAUUAAUUUAGAAUUUUAUAAGAUAUUUAUUAAUAAAUGUUAUUUUAAACAUUCCAUUUGAACAAUAUUCUUCUGUAGAAUCUACUUGUUUUGAAAGUAUUAGUUCAUAAUAAACUACUCUAGUCGUGUGUAUCUUCCUUUUUCGGGGUUUCAAAUGGCUAUUCUCCAUCAUUUGGUGGAAAUGUUUGUUUAGAUCUCUAUGCAUAGAAAUUUCGAGGAUUUUUUUAUUGCUCUGUGAGUUAUUUUUUAAUCUAUGUUCGGAACAGUUUUGAAACAUCUAUCUCUUCAUUUUUAAAGUUAGCUCUUUUCUUUAGGAAGCAGAGUUCAGCUAAAGGGAAUCAGUAACUAUAACUGGAACAGCUUUCUUGUAAAAGUGUAAGAACAACUUCAUCUCUGCUUCUCUCCACCCCACCCCACCCUCCUAGAAUGCCUUGCACUAUUUAGCUUCCUUCGUGCUCUUCUUGUCUCUUCCCAAACAAUGUGCAGUAGCUUUAAGCCAUCCAAGUUCCAUUAUGCAGUAUGUCUGAGAAGGGAAAGGAAAGAACCCAUUUAAAUUGGAAUAAAACCGUGCCUAUGCGAACAAUCGCAACUUAGAAUCUCUCUUCUGCUUUGAAAAUAAUUUAUAUUUUGAAAUUGCACUUUAGCGUUUCUAACCCAUCAGUUUCUAUCGUUCUCCUUCGAACCUCCUCCCUGUCCUCAAACCUGCCUUCGAUCUCCCCUUCCCAACUCCCCCACGCUUCCUCUAAGGCUCUGAGCUGCAUCGUUUAAAAAUACUUUACAGACUAUUUGCACCAGGUACCUUUGCGUGCAUUCACAAGUCGCAUAGCCAAGACACGUUUCUCACGUCUGCCUAGGUGAAGCCUGCUACAGGAAUGCCAAGGAGAAGAGCCAGUUUAUACUCUUUACCCCUUUAUUCAUAGCAUGCUUUUUGAAAAAAAUAUUAUGCAACAGAUGCGAGGCAACAGCUAUGCUACGUUCAAGAAUUUUCUAUCUCAUCCUUCAAACCAAAGUGUCCUGAAUGAGCCAGGAGACUCAUGGUGCACGUGGGACUGUUGUCUUCACCUUCGUCUCUCUGGGCUGCUGAAAAAAACGGUGGCCCUAACUAUUUCAUUCCUAGGUCUCAAAUACUAUGUUGCCUUGUACCAUAAUUAGGGACAGCACCUCUCUUUGACAACUAUAAUCUAAGAAAGGACAAGAAGACACUGAAGCAAUAAACUUACAAGCAAAAUUCAAUACCAAAACAAAGGAAGAAAGAAAAAACCCUAGCUCAUCAUGUUGUGAAAAUAAAAAAGUGUAUGUCCAUUCAAAAUAUUUUACUAUUUCUUGUGAAGUUUUUCAGUGAUGUAAUGCUUAUAGCCAAAUUGCUUAAAGAGUGUUUAUAUAUUUUUUUCCUUAUAAAUUGUCUAUUUUUUGAAAAAGCUAUUUAACCACAAGUUGAAGAGGGGGGUAAGGCCAAAUUGCCAGCAUUUGUUAAAAGAUUAAUAUUCUUAAGUGGCACUCUGAUACCUUUCCAAGCUUAUCAUCAGAGCGGGAAUCAAUAAUUAUCAGCUGUUAGAUUUAGACCAGCUUACAAUAUCUAGCUCAUUAGAAGCCAGGAUUUAGAAAGCUCUUCUUAAGCCAUUUAAGAUUUUCUUACAUUGAGUUUCAUAUGAGAGAAUGUUAUAGGAUUUUUUUUUCAAAAACUGAAUCAUUUUAGCCUCAGGACUAAGAAUGUGGAACCUGAAUAAAUUAGCUUUAAAUACAUCAUUUAAAUCUUAUGCACAAUAAGGUCACUCGAGUUUAGUUUGCUCCUUUAGGGUACCAAGACUGUAGAUGCUACAGGAGCUGGUGAAGGGUGUCAGCAGUGCUGCAGUGGAGGGGGAGUCCGCGAAGCGACCCGUCCCCACCACCAGCCAGUGAAACGGAAGACCUGCUCGCCCUCUUUCCUUCUACGUUCUGCUAAAUCACACUUGCCUCAUAGAGAGAGGAGUUUUGCCUUUGAGGUUUGUCUUGGAGAAAAGAUAAGCUUGAAAUGUCCUCCCUGGAGAGGACAUGGGGUUUGGGAUCUUCUCAAAAGACCCAGAAACGUGGCUCAAACACAGUGUUCUAGGACAAUUGGAAUAUAAAUAUUGUCCAAAAAUAGAACUAAAAGAAAAAAAGUUUAGCAUUGUGCAAAAGUAAGUGUUAACUAAGGAAGUCCUCAAAAAAGGUGCUGUCACUUUAAGUUCUGGACUGGGGGAGUUGUUUGUAAUUGUAAACAGCAAAGCAUUUGUGUUUGUCUGUCUAUUUGUAAAGCAACCACCUUCCUUAUUGGAAGGAGAAAAAAAAUUGGGGGGUACAUACGUGUAAAUACUUGCUGCAGCAUUUAAUAUGUUUAAUUUUAUGUUAAGCUUUUUGUUGCAUCGUGAACACAUUUAUUGUUACCAAUGGACAAUGAGUUCAUUAAGACUGUUCAACUAGGUCAGAUUUUUACAUCUCUUUCUAGCAAGAAGAGACAAGAUUUUGUGCAUUUGUACAAAUGUUAAUAAUAUCACUGCAAUUCCAAUAUAAUAAAGCACUCAAAUGCAAAUAA